AUGCGGAGCCAUAUGAACAGACAAGGGCAUUUUUCUUCUGUCACAUCUAAAGCUUGCAUCUCAAAACCAAACUCAGAACUGGAUUCUAAGACAAUGAAAAAAACAAACAAAUGCACGUCUCCAAGUUUGUACUCAGAAACAAAUAUAGUUGUAAAGGGUCAAAAUGUAUCUCUAAGUUGUUCCCACCAGAACCAAUCACUACAAAUCACCUUGUUUCGGGAGAAGAAUUGCAUAGGAACCAUCCAGGAGAGCAAAGGAAAACCCGUGAUUUUUAACCUAAGCAUCUCAGAAGCCCGGGAUUUGGGGCCCUACAAAUGCAAAGCUGUAUUUUCCAACUGUUCAACCUACAGUCCCGAGUUCAACUUCACAAUUGUGGACCCAGUGACCACUCCAGUGCUGAAAAUUGUCAUUCAAAAACAGCCAAACCUUUAUAUAACACUAAGCUGCAUGUCCUUCAACGGUUCUCUGCCCAUCAAUUAUACUUUCUUUAAAAAGGGCAUUGCCUUGUCACCAGUUAUUUCCAAGCACGUAAGGGAGUCUGCUGAAUUUGAUUUAACCAAGAGCAACACCAGAGAAGGGGAAGAGUAUAGUUGUGAAGCUAAAAACAGCCUUCCUGACUAUGCAAGACGCAGUCAUCCCGCCACCAUGCCUUCAACAAGUGGAGACGGCUGUCCACUCUGCCUGCAGCUACUGCUUCCGCUGCUGAUGCUAAUUGUAAUCCUACUUCUGGCAUUUUGGAUUCGACAGAAGUACAAAGCCAGAAAAGCUAUGAGAAAUAAAGCAUCUACAGACUAUGGAAAUACACCCACAGAAGUUGGAAUAUAUGCCAAUGUCCAUGAAGAUCAAUUAGAUAAGGAGUCAGUGCCAGGCGUGGCACCAAGACAGUGUGUUUCCACAGCCCAAGAGGAAACUGAACAGAUACAUUAUGCCACCCCCAUGUUCCUGGAGGUGACACCAGAAGUGCAUAAUGAUGAUAAAACUAGAUGUGUCUAUGCUGAACUCAGCUUAUGA